AUGGGCGAUCCGGCAAGUGCCAUGGCGGCAUUGGGUCUUGCCGCCAACAUCGGGCAAAUGAUUGAAUACAGCAUUCGCAUAGUCACGAAAAGCAAAGAGCUUCGUAAAAGUCUCGACGGGAGCCUUCCCGAAAAUCGUCACAAGCAAGUGGUUACCGAAAGCCUUCUCAGCGCCAGCUGCACCCUUUCCGCCUUCAUCGAAAGUUGUAAGGCUGCGGAUAAAGCUUUGAGUCCAGAGGAUGAGCAUCUGCGGGAUAUCUCCAGCGCGUGCGGUGCCAUUGCGAGCGAUCUUUUGGAUGAGCUGGAACGCUUGAGAUUGAUGUCUGGUACUAAGCAUGUCAAAUGGGAUAGUUUCAGGCAAGCGCUCAAAACUGUCUGGGGGAAGGCUAAGUUGGAUCUUUUGGCUCAUACUUUGGAAAUGUAUCGUAAUGAGUUGAAGACUGUUCUACAGAUCUCGAUUCUAAAACGACUAGACGUAUCCGACAGUCGGCUGAUAGGCCUCGAUCAAACUUCGCAGAGCAUAUUGAAAGAAACCCAAGCGAGUCGGAAACUGUCAGAAGAUAAUUUCAUGGUACUGCUAGAGAGCUUUCGUCGUCUUCAUGUCUCACCUUCAGGCGCUAAUUACAGUCCUGUGAGCCGCCAAGUCGAAGGCGUCGGAGGAUACGAUCUGAGAUCCUCCUUGGACCAUAUCACAACAUUCGACUAUGACCACAUCGGCAAACUUGACCACCUCGUUCUAUACAGGCCAGGGCAUGGUGCCAUCUUCAUCGUCAGAAACAAUAACAAUAACUUCACUCCCGUCUAUGCGCAAGCGGAUGGCGGAUCAGGAAUUGGGGGCUAUGAUCUCCAGGAUUCGAGGGACCGGAUAUUUGCCUUCGACUAUAGCCACAGCGGCAAACUCGACCACCUGGCCCUUUACCGUCCUGGGACGGGUACAAUGUGGAUCCUCGAGAACAAAUGCGGCGUCUUCAAUGCGGUAUAUGCUCAAGGAAGUCCAGGCGCCGGAAUUGGCGGCUACGACCUCGCGUCCUCUGCAGAUCGGGCCUUCGCAUUUGACUACACCCACAGCGGCAAACUCGACCACCUGGUUCUUUAUCGCCCUGGAACGGGUACAAUGUGGAUCCUCGAGAACAAAUGCGGCGUCUUCACUGCGGUAUAUGCUCAAGGAAGUCCAGGCGCUGGAAUUGGUGGCUACGACCUCGGGUCCCCAGCCGACCGGGCCUUCGCCUUCGAUUGCAGUUCCAGCGGCAAACCAGAUCACAUUGUCUUAUACCGGCCCGGUACGGGCACCAUUUGGAUCUUGCAGAAUAGACGAGGGGAUUUCUCCCCAAUCUACCACACAGGGGACCCCGGUAGUGGGAUCGGUGGCUACUUCAUCAAGUCGCCUGAUGACAAGGCCUUCGCAUUUGAUUUCAACGGCAGUGGCAUGGCUGAUCACCUAGCCUUCUAUCGCCCAGGGGCUGGAACAUUCUGGAUACUGGAAAACAUUCAAGGGGUUUUCAGGUUUGUGUUUGCUGAAGGAAAUCCUGGUACCGAGGGGGAUUCUGGGGGCGGGAUCGGAGGUUAUGAUUUGCUUUCGUCUGCUGAUCGGGCGUUCGGAUUUGAUUAUACGGGAAGCGGGAGAGCGAACCGUAUGGCUUUCUAUCGGCCAGGUACCGGGACGUUUUGGGUUUUGCAACGUGAUAUAAAUAAUACAUGA